AAAAGUUAUUUUCAUGGAAAGGAAAGCUCCAAGUGCAGGACCAUGGGGUAUGGGCAAAUCCUCCACCGGCGGGGGAAUGAGGAGGACCAGGUGCACAUCAAUGUUGGAGGGGUCCGACACGAAGUGAAUUCGAGCAUGCUGCUCCGCUUCCCUCACACACGCCUGGCUCGUCUGCUGUGCUGCCAAAACGAGGCGGCGAUCCUGGAACUGUGUGACGACUACAGCCCGACCGAGAGGGAGUACUACUUCGACAGGAAUCCACGUGUUUUCAUCUGCGUGCUCAACUUCUACCAGACAGGACGUAUCCACAUGAUGGAAGAGGUGUGCGUCUUCUCCUUCAGCCAGGAGAUUGAGUACUGGGGCAUCCAGGAGCUCCACCUAAGCCCCUGCUGUAGCUACUGGUACCACGAGAGGAAGGACUACAUCGAUGACAGAGACUGGGACGUGAGGAGCGACGACCAGCAGCAGCCGAGUAUUGACUCCUCCUUUGAGGAGCUCUCUGCUCUCGAUAAAGACCUUGCCAAGUUCAAAGGUGCCUGGUGUGCAGAACUGAGGAGCUACGUUUGGCUCAGGCUGGAGGAUCCAGGUCACUCAACAGGUUCAAAGAUCAUCGCCGUGGCCUCUCUCAGCUUGGUGCUGACCUCUAUCGUUGCCAUGUGUGUCCACAGCAUGCCUGAGUUUCAGCAGUUGGACGACAACGACAAACCCAUCGAGGACCCUGUCCUCGCCAUCUUGGAAGAGAUCUGCAUUGCCGGCUUCUCCGCCGAGUUCAUCAUCAGGCUCAUUGUUUCGCCCUCCCGCAGGAAGUUCCUUGGAAACCCCUUAAACAUCAUUGAUGUUGCCUCCAUUUUGCCAUUUUACGCCACUUUAGCUCUGGAAACAGCCGACGAGGAGGCCGCAGAGGAGAAUGAGGACUUGGAAAACGUGGGGAAGGUGGUGCAGGUUCUGCGCCUCAUGAGGGUUCUCCGGAUCCUCAAACUGGCUCGCCACUCCAUCGGGCUGCGAGCGCUGGGCGCCACCGUCCGCCACAGCUACCACGAGGUGGGUCUGCUGCUUCUCUUUCUCUCCGUAGGGAUCUCCAUCUUUUCCGCCCUCAUCUACUUUGCAGAGAAGGAAGUGGAGAACACAGAUUUGGGGACCAUCCCCUCAGGCUGGUGGUGGGCUACAAUCACCAUGACUACAGUUGGUUAUGGUGACACCUGCCCGGUGACGCUGGCAGGGAAGAUAGUGGCCACCUUGUGUAUCGUCUGUGGCCUGUUAGUGGUGGCUCUGCCCGUCACCAUCAUCUUCAAUAAGUUUUCAAAGUACUAUCAAAGAAACAAAGCCAUGGAGGGACAGUGUAUCACUAAGCCUGAAAGACAAGACCCAGACCUCCCUUACUAUAACAUCAGAGACCUGUUCACAGGAGGUGUGUACCCCUUCAUUGGAGGUAUCGCCUUCAGGAACAGUAUGAGCAGCACAGGUGACACCACAGAUGCCUCUAGUCUCCAGGAUUUAGAGGUGUAUGAUAAUGACACUUGUGAAAAUGGGUCAGCAAAAUGAAAUUCUGCCAUUUCACAGUUCCGCUCCCUUUAUGACUGCAAGUCACUCUGCUGCCUCUCAGGGCUGCUCCAUCACUGACCCCGCCUCUCUGCAUUGUCUUCCCCCUUGCAAAUUUGACAGAGAAAUAUUGUGGCCAUGAUUGCUUUUUUUAAAAAUUUCUUCAAGGGAAGAGCUUGUGAAAUGUACAGCGUCGCUAAAACCAGGAAUUAUCUGAGCCUUGCUUGGAGGUUUGAAAGCCCAUUUUCUGCUUGAGAAAACUGCAAUGAUGCAUGUAGGAGGCCGUAAUGUUAAUGUUUUCUCAAAGUAAUGCCCUGUAUUGAUUUGUCUACUCGCUGAAAGUUCAGACU